CUUGACUCCACUUUGCUAUUUCCCUCUUCGUUCGUCCUGUCGUUCCUUUCUUGCUGUACGUUACCGUCUCCUUGAUGGUCUUUGCUUUUCGUUCUUUGUCCCGCAGAAUCCUCACUCCCACUAGCUCCCCGCUCCUGCAUUCGAGGACCAACUUCAAGAAUCCACCCUUGCAGCUGGUACUCAGAGCCGCCAUGGCGACACCAGCGCGCACCCAGCCGCCAUGGAAUGAACCCAAGUCUACGGUGCCGGCAAAAUUGAAAGUCUGGAACUCUCUGACAAGGUCAAAGAAUGACUUUAUUCCCAUCGAUCCUGAGGGCAAGGUUGUGAAAUGGUACAGCUGCGGCCCCACAGUGUACGACGAUGCCCAUCUUGGACAUGCACGAAACUACGUUACCAUUGAUGUUUUGAGAAGAAUCUUGGCGGGCUACUUCGGUUACAACCUGCAGUUCGUCCAGAACAUCACCGACGUUGACGACAAGAUCAUUCUGCGAGGACGCCAGCAGCACCUUCUUGCACAAUUCAAGGCCGAGAACCCAACAAUAUCGGACGAAGUGUCGAGCACGACCGUUGCGGCCUUUGAGGCUUACGUGAAGAAGAACCUCCCGUUACUGAGCUCGGAUCUUUCGCCAGAGAACUUCAACAAGGAGUCAGCUGAGAAGUACGCCAAUGUCAUUGCCGGCAAGUCUGAAGAUGGUCUGAGUGCUCCAGGCGACAAGGAGGCCAAGAUCAAGAUGCACCUGAAGACCGUUGGGACUGCAGCGACAGCGCUACUAGCGCCGUCGAAAUCUACCCCAGAAGACGUUGAGCUGUUCUACGCUGGCGCCGAAGAUGUUCUGCUACCAUACCUGGACUCGAUGCACGGCUCAAAGAUCGAUGCUAGUGACCACACAGUCUUCACAAAGCUUACUCAGAAGUACGAGGCGCGCUUUAUGGAAGACAUGCGGAACCUGAACGUUCUGGAUCCGGAUGUCGUCACUCGAGUCACUGAAUACGGUGAUCAGAUUGUCACUUUCGUUAACAAGAUCGUGGACAACGGCUUCGCCUACAAGACAACGGACGGCUCGGUGUACUUCGACAUCGACGGUUUCGAGAAGAUCCCUGGCAACCACUACGCCCGUCUAGAGCCCUGGAAUCGUGGAGACAAGGGACUGCAGGCAGACGGCGAGGGUGCUCUGUCGCAGGCGAAGACGUCUGAGAAGCGCAGUGAGGCUGACUUCGCCCUGUGGAAGUCAAGUAAGCCUGGAGAGCCUGCGUGGAAGUCACCAUGGGGCCCUGGGCGACCAGGUUGGCACAUUGAGUGCUCUGUGAUGGCCAGCGACGUGCUUGGUGAGCAGAUGGAUAUUCACUCUGGUGGUAUCGACCUGUGCUUCCCUCACCACGACAACGAACUCGCACAAUCGGAAGCACACUGGUCUGGCGACAAGGGUGGUCGCCAAUGGGUGAACUACUUCUUGCACAUGGGCCACUUGUCGAUAUCUGGUAGCAAGAUGUCGAAGAGUCUCAAGAACUUCACAACCAUUAGAGAAGCGUUGGCGCGUGGAGACUGGACCGCCCGCAGUUUGCGCAUCAUCUUCCUUAUGGGAGGAUGGCAUGACGGCAUCGAGAUCACAGAUGCUAUGCGCAAGGCAGGCUCAGGAUGGGAGAGCAGCAUUAGCAACUUCUUCUACAAGGUCCGCGACCGCGAGGUAAACCCUAUGAUCGACUCAACGGGUAAGGAGGACGAACAAAUCCUGAAGGCUUUCGAGACUGCGAAGGAGAAGGUCCACAGCGCGCUUUCAGAUUCGUUCGACACACCCACUGCAACACGUGCGAUUUCGACAUUGGUCACAGCCUGCAACUCUGCCAAGCCAGCUGAUCUGUCUGACAGUGUCGCCUUCGACAUCGCUCGCUACAUUACUCGCAUCGUCCGCAUCUUCGGUCUCGAUGGGAACGCAGAUCCAUACGAUGGUGGUAUCGGUUGGACUGGCAUUGACAUCCCUUCAGAAGCGAAAGAGUUUGUUUACGCCGCUGCUCGCGAACGCGAUGAAGUCCGCAAGCACGCUGUUGCUGGCGACCUAUCAGGGGAUGUUCUCGAGUCUAUCAUCGCACAGCACAAGUCCGCACAACAGCAAGAUAUCAGCGCCAUACCCUACGCUGAGGUUCUGUCCACCUUCCAAGAGAGCCUGCGCGAUCUUGCGGAGAAGAAGGCCCCUGCUAAGGACUUCCUUGCUCUCUGCGACGCGUUGCGUGACACACACCUCUGGGACCUCGGCAUCUACAUUGAAGAUCGCGAGAACCUCCCAUCGAUGGUGCGCCCCGUUGACGCUGAACUGCGCUUCGCACGCAACGAGAAGGAGACUAUCGCCCGUCAGAAGGCCGAGGCCAAGCUUAAACGCCAGCGCGAGGAGGCAGAAAGGCAGGCCAAGCUGGCUGAGCAAGCCAAGAUCAACCCCAGGGAUAUGUUCAAGAUCGCUGAGUACAGCGCGUGGGACAUUGAUGGGCUGCCAUUGAAGGAUAAGGAGGGCAAGGACAUCUCGAAGGGUGCGAGCAAGAAGCUUAAGAAGGAGUGGGAGAAGCAGAAGAAGCUCUACGAUGAGCAUUUGAAGAGCGCUGAUGCGUCCUAGGUAUGUUGUCUGUUCGCUGACGGUGUAUGUAGAGUUCAAUAGAUACCAAGAACGAC